AUGGGCAACGUCAUUGAAUCGUUUGCUUCGGGCUUAGGACAGACUGUUGGCAAACUAUUUAAUUCUCCAAUUGAAUUUCUUUCCGGGAAGUCUUGCAGCUCAGUGUGUGGACCAACAUGGGAUUUCAUGUGCUAUAUCGAAAAUUUUUGCAUUGCCAAUAUCCUGAAAUUAGCCAUGGUAUUUAUGCUGUCGUACAUUGUUCUGUUGUUCUUAUAUCUGGUGCAUAAAUUGGGCAUAUGUGGAUGUCUUUGCCGGUCUUCGUGCAAAAUGAUAUGGGCAUGUUUCUCUUCUUGUUUCCAUGUUUGGGAGUACUCUUGCACUUUCUUGUGUAUGAAGCUACACAAUAUCAGGAGAACAAGAAGAAUAAGAAGAAGAGUCAGAAUGGACAUGAAUCGAAAUUUCUACUUUAAAACUGGAGAAGAAGAUUACACAGAUGAAAGCCUUUCAUGCCAUUUUCCAACACCUGCAAAAAUGAGCAGAUCAAUUUCGCGUAGGAAAGAUUAUAAAGCCUCCCACUUAAGGAAGUCUUUGCAACCUAGGAGACAUCAUGCUAGAGUUGAAAUCAGUAGAGAUCUUAGAUAUAAAAGCAAAAGGAAUCAUAGUCUUGAAGAACCCAGUUACACAAGCAAUGCCAUUAACCAUGGCAAUCACACAGGCACAGUCAGUGACAUCAAGGUAACCCAUACAUCUAAGUUUGCAAAAAAAGGUAUAACUAGAAGGAAAAGAGUUCUGACAAGGCAGAGAAGAUAG